AUGAUUAUUAAAUUAGCAAAAUUUGGUGAAUUAUUUUCAUUCGGAGGAAAUUCCAAGGGACAAUGUGCAUGUUCUUCAAAGGCUAAAAACGUCUCGGCAUGGAAUCCAUGUCUAUUUGAUAUUGGUGAGAUUAUGGAGGAUAAUUUGAAUACAAGAGUUUCGAAAAGUAAUGUUUCAUAUGAAAUUAAGAAUAAGAAGGAGAGGAGGAAAGAUAAAAGAAAGGAGGAAAGAUUGAAUCCAGAUAAGAAUAGAAAGAAAAAAAAGGAAAAGUGUGAACAAGUAGUUGUGAAAACGUUUUGUGUGAAUGAGUUUGCUUGUGGAAGAAAUCAUUCAGUACUUAUUUGCAAUGAUUGGAAAAAAAUUAUGAUAUCUGGAGAAUAUGAUUGUGGAAAAGGGAAAACCAUUAAAUCAUCAUGGUUUAUUCCAUUCAAGGAACUGAGUUUAAAACCUGGUCAAGAAAAAUUCACACAUUUAGAGACUUUUGAAAAUACUAUAUUGACUGUAAUUGAUAAGAGGUUUAUUGUUUUGAAUUGCGAGGGUAGAAUACAGGAAUUUGAUGUUUUACAACGAUUUGGAUAUUCUGAAAUUUCAGAAAUUGCGCUUGGAUCAAUGGAUUCAUUUGCCUUUACCACUAAAAAUGGAAGAAUAUUUAUUUAUUCUGGUUCUGCUUGGAUAGAAACAUUGAAUUCUCCAAAUUAUGUAUUUUAUGAUCUAAUUUCAGCCAGUUGCUUUAAAAUCAAGAACUUGAAGGAUGGAACCGCAAAAUCUUAUUAUAGUCAUGGUUAUUCAACUGAUUUAAGUCAAUUUAAAGAAUCUACCUUUGAGAUUCUACCUUCCUAUUUAUCAUAUUUUGAGAUUGAUAAACAGAAUAAUAAGAUUUAUUGUUGUGGAGCUAACCAAAAUAAUCAGUUAGGUCUAAAAGAGCCAAAAUACAAUAGCUCAACAGUACAUGAAUAUUUGAGUGAACUGUUGGAAAGAUUCAACUUUAUAGAUGUGAAAUAUGGACAUGGCUUUUCAUUGGUUAGUAUGGCAAAAAAGAACUCGUCUAAAAAGAAAAAACUCAAUGAUAACUUUAAGAACUUGCUCAAUGAUAGAUCUUCCUUUUUUAUUGAUUUGACCAUAGAAACUGCUUCAUAA